AAACCACAAUUAUCUUUUUUUGAGUUGUUCAGAGCAAAACGGAACAUUGCAGAAAGAUGCUGAAACAAAAAAUCUCACCACCGGUCUUUCGCCUCCUCCGUCGUCUCUCCACCACCGCCGCCGCCAGAUUCUCUCUUAACCUCCCGAAACUCGAACCCUCAAACGACGCCGAACUAAUCUCCCAAAUCCUCGUGACCAAUCACAACCCUUUCCACUUCACAGAAUCAUCUCUGCAGCUCAACGGAAUCUCCCUCUCUCCUCACCUCAUCAACCAAACCCUCCUCCGCCUCCGCCACAACUCCAAAAUCGCCCUCUCCUUCUUCCAAUACCUCCGCUCCUUACCUUCGACAACGACAACACUCGCCUCCUUCAACCUCAUCAUCGACAUCCUCGGAAUAGUCCGCCAAUUCGACGUCGCUCGACAGCUAAUCGUCGAGAUGGAGCAGCAGGAGAACCUCAAACCUUCCUCGGAGACGUUCCUCAUCCUCGUCAAGCGUCUAAUCGCCGCCGGACUCACUCGCCAAGCCGUCCGAGCUUUCGACGACGCGCCUUGCUUCCUUGAGAACCGUCUCGGCGUCGACGAGUUCGCGUUUCUCCUCGACACGCUUUGUAAAUACGGACACACGAAGUUAGCCGUUGGGGUUUUCAACGAACGCAAAUCUGAGUUCGGAUGCGACGAGAAGGUUUACACGAUUCUGAUCGCCGGUUGGUGUAAGCUGCGGAGGAUCGACAUGGCGGAGAGAUUCUUAGCGGAGAUGAUCGGAUCCGGGAUCGAGCCUAACGUCGUGACGUACAACGUUCUGCUCAACGGGAUCUGCCGGACGGCGAGUUUGCAUCCCGAGGAGAGGUUCGAGAGGAAUGUGAGAAACGCCGAGAAGGUGUUCGAUGAAAUGCGUGAGAGAGGAAUCGAACCUGAUGUCACGAGCUUUUCGAUCGUGCUUCAUAUGUACAGCAGAGCUCAUAAGUCCGAGCUGAGUUUGGAUAAGCUGAAACUCAUGAAGGCUAAAGGGAUUAGCCCCACGACGGAAACGUACACUUCCGUUGUGAAGUGUCUAUGUUCUUGUGGGAGGUUGGAGGAAGCUGAGGAGCUGCUUGAAGCAAUGGUGGGAGAUGGGAUAAGCCCUUCUUCCGCUACAUACAAUUGUUUUUUCAAAGAGUACAAAGGAAGAAAAGAUGCUACCGGGGCGAUGAAUCUGUAUAAGAAGAUGAAAGAUGGAUUGUGCAAGCCGAAUACGAACACUUAUAAUGUUCUGUUGGGUACGUUUAUAAACUUGGGCAAGAUGGAGAUUGUGGGAGAGAUUUGGGAUGAUCUUAAAGGAAGCGAAACGGGUCCGGAUUUGGAUUCGUACACUUCGUUGGUUCAUGGGUUGUGUGGGAAGGAUAAAUGGAAAGAGGCUUGUGGGUACUUUGUGGAGAUGAUAGAGAGAGGUUUCUUGCCGCAGAAGCUAACGUUUGAGACGUUGUAUAAAGGGUUAAUACAGUCUAAUAAGUUGAGGACUUGGAGGAGGUUGAAGAAGAAACUCGAUGAGGAAUCUAUCACCUUUGGAUCUGAGUUUCAGAGAUAUCCUUUUGAGCCUUACAAGAGAUGAUGAGACUGACUCGUUUUGUUUAAUCAAAAAUCUGGUUCUAGACUGUUGUUUUUCUUUGUUAAACUUAAAACACAUGUAUAAUCUGGCCAUGUUACAAGGUCAUAAUUAUAUUUUACUUAGAAUGGUUUACAAAUGCGAUGAUUAUUAUAUGUGCAUGUCC